AUGCGUACCGUCUUCCUUACCACCGCCAUCCUCGCGACUACCAUCCUCGCGACUACCAUCCUCGCGACUACCAUCCUCGCAGCCCCAACAGAUAUAAACUACGGCCCACCCCCAGGCGGCUGGGGCUCCAUCGACUACCCAAAGGGCACAGGUGAAAACUUGCCUUACUACCCGCCACCACCUGGUGGCUGGGAAGCCGUCAAAUACCCUCCCGGCACUGGAUCAGACUCCUCAUGCGCCUCUCCAUUCAAGUUCACAAGCACAUAUCAUGUUGUUGCUCUUGGGUCCGAGGUUCGCAACGGGACGACGCCUGCCCCUGGACCAAAAGAUGCUGUGGGAUUCUUUGAUUUUGGGAUCAACGCUGAAACGGACACUAUUUGUUAUAAUAUAACUCUCCUCAACGUCUCCGGCACACCUCAAUCGCCUGCCAAGACCGCAACACAUAUCCACGCCGCCUCCCGUGGUGCGUCUGGUCCUCCCCGUCUCGCUUUUCCGAACCCAGUGGGUGACGAUAAGCGACGAAGCAGUAUUGGAUGCAUGACUGGCCCGUUUACCACUGGUUUGAACGGAGCGGAUGGAAAGGAUACUGCCACGGGUUUUAGGGUCGAGAUGAUCGAGGCGAAUCCUGCCAGGUACUUUACUGAUUUUCACUCAAAUUUGUUCACGUUGGGCGUUGUGAGGGGGCAGUUGGCUUGAUUCUAUGUGUGGAGUAAUUAAAAGGAAGGUAUACAUGGAUGAGUAGUGGUUUGAAGACCUGCAGGAAAGAAUCUUUCGUUGUUUCAGUUCUGUGUAGUG